GGGCGCUGGUCCCGGGUUUGUGGAUAGAGACGGUGGAAUCUUCCGCACCAAGCCCCGGUAAUACGUGCCCGGGACAACCGAUGCCAAGAUGGCGCUCGUUAUGCUUCCGUGUGAUCUUCCCUGGUGGUCGAACGUGCAAAAGAAGCUGGCACAGAUCGAGGAAUCCAGUACCUUAGAUGUGGUGUUAGACGUGAUGCAGAAGCUGCAUGAAUUAUGCAAUGUCAGCCUGGACCCGGAUGAGGAUGGAAAGGACACGUCAGUGUUCGAAGGACUGCGGCACUUUGUCGAGCGUACGAUGGACGCAACCGAACGCGAUCACUUCCUGGGACACACGAUCAAGGCACUCGCGCGACACGCCCGUAACCUCAAGCAGUAUCGACCGCCGCGUGGUCUCAGCUUUAGCCUUCAGCAGCAGGCGGACAGCGACGAGCUGAGCUACCGGCUGGUGGCAUCCUUGCUAGCCAAUGCGUUCUUUUCGACAUUUCCAAAACGUACUGAAAAAACACACCCCACGUUACAAGACUUUAACUUUACACACUUUUUUAGAGGUUUAGUAGAUAAUGCUGUGCAGAGGGAAAAGUUUCGCAGCUUCCUGUACUACUUCGAUUGGUUGGAGCGAAGCGGGACGGCACUCGAAGGCAAUCUGCGAAUAUCACGUAAGGUAAUGACCGGCAAGCAAUGGCUCACGAUCGAAGACUGGCUCGAGUGUGAGCUACCAUUGUGUGACGUCGAGAUACGGCACGAGGGAAAGCUAGACAAAGCGGAUCCCGAAAUGCUCCAAACAGUGUUCGCUUCGGCACGGCUCGGCGGUGACGUUCUGUCUUCCGGAGACACUCAGGAAUCGAUUCAAUUUUGUACCUUUCCCGAACUACUCGCCGUGCUGCUGUACGUGGAAGCGCUCGAAGACAAUGAAUCGCUACAGGUGGAGAACGUACAUCACGUGUCCCGGAUCGUCGAUCCUCGGCAGAAGGGUCCACUGUUGGAGCGAAUUGCGGAACCAAAAAAGACGAGCCUUUGCUGUAUCGAUGCGGAAAACUAUCGGGCGCUACCAUCGCAACAGUUCGAGGAGGAUGACAUACUGCGGGAGUUGAACAAGUGCCUGUUGGCGUUCCGCCAAAACACAACCUGCCCGAUGGUGCUGAAUGAGUCGGGACCCGCGACAGGCAAGUCGUCUGGUGAUAAACGUGCCGGAGCGGCCGGGUUAAAGCUAGACCAGCUGGAAACGGUGUCGAGCAAGGGUCGACUGUCGCCGAUCGGUGAGCGUGAUCGCGAAGGUUCCACACCGGGAUCGCCCGAUGUCUACACGACGAUUUUCAUCCGACAGGCAACACCGAACUCAAAACGCUCCAGCAGUGAUUCGAACAAAUUGGAAAAGGACAUUAAUAAGCGGCGGUCCUGGCUGUCGCCGGAACGACCCAGUGCGCCAUCGGUAUGUUCCGGAUCGAGCUCGAAUCGUCGAGGGAAGUUUAUCAUUCUCGGCUCAUCGGGCGAGUGUUUACCGGUGAAUCGACAUCCGCUACGCAUCCCGGACGGUUAUCAGCCGCAAGGGCUGACCAGGCCCGAUACACUUUCGAGCUGCGGUUCGAGUCAGGAUGAGUUUCACAGCGCCAAGGAAAGUUUCGACGAGGACGAUGAGGAUGGAUUGCGGGCGUACACGUCCGUGCUAGACACACCCGAACGAAGGUGCGCCUUUGCGCAGAAGUUGCGCGAAGCGCUGGAGCAAGACCGUACGAACGGGCUGUCGGGAAGUACCGAAGAUAGCAGCUAUGCGGUGGGGAUCAGUGUGGCGGGUUCAGAGAUUCACGAUAAAGACAUUCGUGUGAGACGUGGUGGAUCGUGUGGCUUCGUCCUGGACGGUUCGAUUGAUAGCAACUACGAUGAGACGGACUUUAAAGAGCAGCAGCAAGAAAAGACAACCGUUGGAGUACCGCAGCAGAAUGGUACGUUAGAGCGAAAGGGUACGAACGAGUCGUCUAAGUACAGCUUCGAUUCCGAUCUAGGCUCAGAACUGGAGGAGGUGUACGAAAAGUUUGCCAAAUGGCUUGAAGAACCAAUCAGCACAGACAAACCAAAAAAGUUGGACGCUCGCGACGAAGCCGUACUAAAGUUUGCCAACUCACUGCUCAAACGAACGCUGAGCGAAAGUUUCGUCGGAAUUCCAUUCACCGAAGAGUGCCUGUCGAGUGGGAAUGGGUCGGUGACCACUUCAACUGGAACACGAAACGCUUCCGGCAGCUGUGAUCGUGGAUCGCUCAGUCAGAAGGAAAAGAUAUUGCUCCACGUACGAUCGCUCUCGCUGGAGCUAGCUAAGCAUAAGCACAAACUGGCGGCUCAGCUGCGUCAGGAUUAUCUUGCAUUGGAACCGGCCAAACUAUUCAAGUGUCCCAACAUACAGCUCACGCGAACCGACCACCGGAAGUUGCUGCACAAGCUACGCUCGACCCAGAGCGGAUCGGGCUGCUCGGUAACGGAACUGGCGGUGACGGUGCCGGGGAAGGCCCUGCAGCAACCAUUGCUCGAGCGGCAAUCGUCACUGAAAACGAAGCUGCUACAGUACAAACCGAACUGGUCCGUGUCCUACACGCAGGACAUCAAGUGUGAUGAUGUGGUGCUGAAGAUCUCACAACUUGCUCAAAAACGGACAUUAAAUGUGAAUCUGCGACCCGUUGCUACCGGCAACUGGGGCUGUGGCAGCAACAGACGUGGAGACGUGCAGCUCAAGAUGGUGAUUCAAUGGAUGGCGGCUAGUGUAGCCGGUUUGCCCUAUCUUAGCUAUUACACUGCAGGGAACGAGAAACUGUCGAAGCUUGAUACCAUUUGCCGAGUGCUGAAGGAUCGUAAGUGGACCGUCGGUGAACUGGCUGCUGCCACGCUGAGUCACGCACGGGACAUAUUGGAGGACCCGUUCUACUACAACAACGAUCGUAACUACUGCAUGUUCUUUGAGAAACUGAUUGGGCUCGAAAAAGUGCAUUGA